AUGGCACGCAUGGGGUUCUUGGACAAAGCCGAGGAACUGGACGUCAUGGUCGAGGCAGAACGGGCGCGAUUAAAAAAGGAACGAGACCAACAAGACCAAGCCGUUUUGGAUCAGAAGAUGAACGGCUUGAGGAUGUCGCACACGAGAAGAAGCGCGGCGAUGACCUCGGCGCAUGAAGCACGGAUCGCCAGCCUCUUGGAAAAGUGUGCUACUGAGAUCGAGGACCUCAAAGUCAAACAGAAGAAGGAGUACGACGUCUUGGUGGGUGAAACAGCCACGCGAGCUACCGGAGGGGUUUCGAGCUGCGUCUGCACGGAUCCGUUCAAGUGUCGGCACAACAAGAGCGCGUCGUACAACACGCGGAAGCCAACGAAGGACGUCAUAAGGCUCAGACAAAACGGGCAGCGAUUGCGUGCUUCUGGGCGGCUGGCAGAAGCGGACGAAGUAGACAACAUGGCGGUCGCCAUCGAAAAAUUGGCAGAAGACCAAUGGCGGAAACGUGUGGAGGAGUCCAUCCUAUCAAGCGCGUGGUGUGGAGGCAAGUCUCGACUGGAGCAAAUGGUGGAGCGGCAGCAGGCGACACUUCGGGCUCUCAUGAGCACUCACACAGAGAAGCUGGCCCGACUCAAGCAACAAGACCGACUUGAAAGGAGGAAUCUCGUAUCUACCCUGGCUGCGGAGCGAAAAAAAGUUAUCUUGUACUGCAGGCGAGAAGCCACCAAGCGCAGAACUAAGGAUAUAGCAGCCGGGGCAAAGGAGGCGCGGACAAUGAAUGCACACAAGUCCGACGGUAUGCAGAACGUUUCAAAGAACAUGUUCAAGGACAGCGACGACAGCCAGAGCGACAUCGACAGCGAAGAUGACCGCCUUGAGGGAUGGAAGCCCCCGACGGCGUGCGGUGUAGACAACAGCAAGGCGCUCUCGAGCUACGAAGACAUCGCAAGCGGCAACGUGCACAAAAAGCUCGCAGACGGCACGUUUGGCGCAGAAGAGGGGGGCGCCGAUGGAGGGCUGAAGACAUCGGGUUCGCGAGCGAUGGAUGCCUAUCGGAUGAAGCAGACGGGGGCGACGGCAACGUUCGAUCCGACGCGCGGAGGGGCGAAGGUCAACAUGGGCGGUUUUGCUCAGAAGCCGCCACCUGGAGUCCCGCCUGGUCCUGGAGCUGGCGCUAAGCAAAGCAAAGCUAAGAAGAAAGAAAGCGGUUCCGACGAUGACAGUAGUGAGGAAGAGGAGGAAGAGGACGAAGAGGACGAGGAAGAUGAAGAGGAGAGCGAGGAAAGCGAUUCUGGGGGCGCCAGAAAGGGUGGAGGCGUAGGCGCAGGCGCAGGCGGAGGCAGAGGCGCCCCCCCCCCUCGUGGUCCAGUCCCUGCGGCGCUUGGCGGGUCGGCUGCGGCAUCUGCAGGCCCUCGUGGUCCCAUGCCAAAUCCUUUUCCUGCUGGGGGCUUCGGUUCGCCGCCCAACGCAGCCCCUGGUCCCCGACCAAUGACAAGCCCAUUCCCAGCAGCGGGAUUUGCAAGACCGCCUGGCACAACCCCGGGCUUCCCUCUGGUAGAUUCCGCCCGGCCCGUAGCAAACCCUUUCCCUGCUGGGGGCUUCGGUUCGCCGCCCAACGCAGCCCCUGGCCCCCGGCCUAUGACAAGCCCCUUCCCAGCAGCAGGGUUCGCAGGACCGCCCGGCUCAGCUCCAGGCUCCUCUCCCGUACCCGCUCGCCCGGCCAUGGCGAGCCCGUUUCCGACGGGGGGCUUCGGUUCCCCGCCCAACGCAGCCCCUGGUCCUCGACCCAUGACAAGCCCCUUCCCAGCAGCAGGGUUCGCAGGACCGCCCGGCUCAGCUCCAGGCUCCUCUCCCGUACCCGCUCGCCCGGCCAUGGCGAGCCCGUUUCCGACGGGGGGCUUCGGUUCGCCGCCCAACGCAGCCCCUGGUCCCCGACCCAUGACAAGCCCCUUCCCAGCAGCAGGAUUCGAAGGACCGCCCGGCUCAGCUCCAGGCUCCUCUCCCGUACCCGCUCGCCCGGCCAUGGCGAGCCCGUUUCCGACGGGGGGCUUCGGUUCGCCACCCAGCGCAGCCCCUGGUCCCCGGCCUAUGGCCAGUCCAUUUCCUGCUGCAAGGUUUGCCAGACCGCCUGGGUCAGCUCCGGGCUUCCCUCCAAUUGGGAAUCCUACCGGUGUCGGGUUGCCGCCAAACGGCGACCCCCGACCAUUGGAAAACCAUUUGGCCUCGGACCCCAAGGAGGUGGAUGAGGAGGAGGUGGAGGAGGAGGAGGAGGAGAAAGAGGAGGAGGAAGAGGAGGAGGGGGAGGAGGAGGUAGAGGAGGAAGAGGAGGAGGAGGAAGAACCAAACGAAUCAAACAAAGAUGCCGACACAGACGAUGACACUCCUGGAGGGCCGAAGGGCGGCGGUGCAACUGAACCGACUGGCGCGAACUCCUCAGAGAGCGGGGACGAUGCUGACAACGAUGAAGCCCAGGACGAAGACGAGACGAGCGAUGAAGGUGGCGGAAGCGACCAGUCCACAAGUGAGCAGGAUAACGAUGCGGAACCAGGAGAAGGGCAACAACCCACGACGGUGUCUUCGUUGCUGCCAGACACCGGUGCAUCUGCCGACAAGGGAGCCACACCAGUGCCACCCGCGCAGGGAUCCGGGUCACCGAACGCGGCCGACACUUCAUCGGAGAGCGGGGACGACGUCGACGAUGAUGCUGAUGCCCCCGAAGAUAAUGCGGAGGCGCUAACCGACGCGCCUGCCGGCACCGAUGGGGCGGCCUCUGCGGAUGAGUGCAGUCGCUCGGACGGCGAGGACAACGUAGUGGAUGGAGAGAGUGAUGGUGACGGGAGCGAAGGCACCGAACCGCCCGAUGAAGAAACAGAGCCUGUGGAAGGGAAGGCCGCCGAUGAGACAGCCGCUGUCGGCACGGAGGAGGCGGGAAACCGGGCGGGUGAUGAUGACGACGAAGAAGACACACCGCCGCCUCAAGCGCAGGGAUCUGAGCAGCCGAACGCGACUGCAACAUCGUCGGAGGGCGGGGACGACGCUGACAACGAUGAAGCUCAGGAAGAAGACGAAGCGACUGACGAAGGUGGCGGAAGCGACAAAUCCACAAGUGAGCAGGACAACGAUGCCGAAUCGGAAGAAGGGCAACAGCCCACGACAGUGACUUCGCGGCUGCCCGACACUGGUGCAUCCGCAACCAAUACUCCCUCGGAGAGCGGGGACGACGUCGACGACGAUGCAUUGUAUUCCGAAGAAAAUGCGGAGGUGGCUACCCAAGAGCCUGUAGGCACCGAUGGGGCAGCCUCUGCGGAUGAGUGCAGUCGCUCGGACGGCGAGGACAACGUAGUGGAUGGAGAGAGUGAUGGUGACGGGAGCGAAGGCACCGAACCGCCCGAUGAAGAAACAGAGGCCGUGGAAGGGAAGGGCACCGGUGAGACAGCCGCUGUCGGCACGGAGGAGGCGGGAAACCGGGAGAGUGAUAAUGACGACGGAGAAGACACACCGCCGCCUCAAGCGCAGGGAUCUGAGCAGCUGAACGCGACUGCAACAUCGUCGGAGGGCGGGGACGACGCUGACAACGAUGAAGCUCAGGAAGAAGACGAAGCGACCGACGAAGGUGGCAGAAGCGACCAGUCCACAAUUGAGCAGAACAACGAUGCCGAAUCGAAAGAAGACCAACCCGACAUUGGUGCAUCGGCAGCCAACCAUUCCUCGGGCGGCGGGGACGACGUCGACGACGAUGCAUUGUAUUCCGAAGAAAAUGCGGAGGUGGCUACCCAAGAGCCUGUAGGCACCGAUGGGGCAGCCUCUGCGGAUGAUUGCAGUCGCUCGGACGGCGAGGACAACGUAGUGGAUGGAGAGAGUGAUGGUGACGGGAGCGAAGGCACCGAACCGCCCGAUGAAGAAACAGAGGCCGUGGAAGGGAAGGGCACCGGUGAGACAGCCGCUGUCGGCACGGAGGAGGCGGGAAACCCGGAGAGUGAUAAUGACGACGAAGAAGACACACCGCCGCCUCAAGCGCAGGGAUCUGAGCAGCCGAACGCGACUGCAACAUCGUCGGAGGGCGGGGACGACGCUGACAACGAUGAAGCUCAGGAAGAAGACGAAGCGACCGACGAAGGUGGCGGAAGCGACAAAUCCACAAGUGAGCAGAACAACGAUGCCGAAUCGAAAGAAGACCAACCCGACAUUGGUGCAUCCGCAGCCAACCAUUCCUCGGGUGGCGGGGACGACGUCGACGACGAUGCAUUGUAUUCCGAAAAAAAUGCGGAGGUGGUUAUUCAAGAACCUACUGGCACCGAUAGGGCAACCGCUUCGGAUGAGUGCAGUCGCUCGGACGGCGAAGGCAACGUAGUGGAUGGAGAGAAUGAUCGUGAUGGGAGCGAAGGCACCGAAGCAAACGAUGAACACGCAGAGCCUGCGGAAGGGAAGGCCACCGAUGAGACAGCCGCUGUCAACGCGGGGGAGGCGGGACACCGGGAGAGGGAUGAUGAUGAUGCAGAAGACACACCAACGCCUGGAGUGCAGGAGUCUGGGCCGCUAAACACGACUGCAUUCUCGUCGGAGAGUGGGGACGGCGCUGACAACGAUCAAGCCCAGGAAGAAAACGAAGAUACCGAUGAACAUGCCGGGAACGACAAGUCCACGAGCGAGCAGGGCAACAAUGCCGGAUCGGAAGGAAGGCGACCGAAUCCAGUAUCCUCCCGACAACACGACAAUGGUGUACCCGCAGCCAACACUCCCUCGGGCGGCGGGGACGACGUCGACGAAGAUGCAGGGGCUCCCAAAGAUGCGGAGGUGCCUACCCAAGAACCUGCCGGCAUCGAUGGGGCAACCGCUUCGAAUGAGUGCAGUCGCUCGGACGGCGAAGGCAAAGUAGUGGAUGGAGAGAGUGGUCGUGAUGGGAGCGAAGGCACCGAAGCACCCGAUGAAGAAACAGAGUCUACGGAAGGGAAGGCCACCGAUGAGACAGCCGCUGUCGGCACGGAGAAGGCGGGAAACUGGGAGAGUGAUAAUGACGAUGCAGAAGACACACCAACACCUGAAGUGCAGGGGUCUGGGUCUCCAAACGCAACUAAAAGUUCGUCGGAGAGUAGAGACGGCGCUAACGACGAUCGAGUCGAGGAAGAAAACGAAGUGACCGAUGAAGGCGGUGAGGUCGGUAAGUCGACAAGCGCGCAGGAGCACGAUGAGGAAUUAAAAGAAGGGCGACCGAACUCAGCAUCUUCGCGGCAGCUUGACAUUGGUUCAUCCGGACCCAACAUUCCUUCGGGCGGCGGGGACGACGUCGACAACGAUGCAGUCGCUUCCGAAGAAAACGCGGAGGUGGCAGCCUCUUCGGACAAGUGUGGUCGCUCAGGAUGUGAAGACAACCGGGGUCUUGGCGGGCCGGUUUCACCAGGAGCACAUGGCACGGAGUCCGCUACAAGAAGCAAUGACAACCUGACAGCCUGUGUCGCACCGACUUCUCCACCGCCGACGAAUGUCGAAGGGAACACAGACACUCAGCAGCCCGACAGAUCCGAGUCCGCACACGAGGCCUUCGCUGAGCCGGCCGCUAGCAGCGCCGAAGAGGCUACACCCACGGGCAUCCAGGAACCGGGGCGUUCAAACGGGACUGGAGCUUUGUCGGAGAACGGGGACGAUAUUGAUGACGACGAGGGCGACAAGGGCGAUGAGGGCCGAGAUUCUGAUGCUGUGGAAGCCAAAUCCACUGUGCUAUCCGAGUCGAGGGAGGGACAAAUCGAGGGUACAGGAAAUCACAUUUUUGAUGGAUUGCCAAGCCAUGGAUUGCAGGAAGUGGCUGAAGAGAGACGUGGUGGUGGGGACGAAGGAACGGAACCACUCGAUACUGAAGCCGAGUUUGCCAUUACCAAGCCUGAAGAUGCGGGAAAUCGGGAUGGGAGUGAUGACGAAGGAAGCGCAGGAGACGCAAACCUCAGCAUUGAACCUGGCGAUUCCAACGAACACGAGAUGGCUGACCCUGCUACACAAACAGGCGUCAUCAUUGAGCAAACUGCCGAAGGUUCCAUGGCCGCUGUUGAUGUGCAAGACAUACAUACAGGUUUGGGAAGUGAUAGUGGUAGCACCGCCUCGUCUUGUGCCCCCUCGCCGGCUGCUCCUCACAGCGGCAAACCGCAGGCCGAAUCUCAUGGUAAUGGCAUCAUCUACCAGGGGAAAGAUUGGGGUGUUGACGCCCACGUAGGGUCGAUUGAGUGUGCCGCUACAAGUAAAGUGCGAGCUGAGGACACCGGCACGAUUCCGGCUGGUGCUCAUCCGACACCACCACCAAAUCCACAUUCUCCCACGCGUGUUCGUCGACCACGUAGCCGUAGCCGUGCCUGCCAAACGGCCUGGCACGAGACGGUAAGUACACAGACUAGGUGGAAUAUAGGCGCGCAGGCGUAG